CAGCCGGUGUCAUCGCCCUGUGACCCGGAGUCGGGCCCAGGCCGCCCAUCCCGUCCCGGUGAGUCCCCUUGGCCGGUGUGACCGCCAGCGGAGCGGAGCGCUGUGGACCUGCUGAGGAGGCGCCAUGCCCCCUGGGAUGGCUCUGCUGCUCGGACUUGUGUCUGCUCUGGACCGGGGGCUCUGGGCCCACAGCGGCUCACCCUCCCAGCCCGGCAUCUGGGCAGUGCCCGGAGCUGUGAUUCCCCUGGGUAGUUCUGUGAGCAUCUUCUGCAGGGUCCCUCCCGGGGUGACUGCAUUGCGUCUACUUCAGUCAGAACCCAGAGAAACAUGGUAUGAAAGAACCCUUGUGGGAACUCAGGUGGCGCUGGCCUUCUCCCUGCACAAAGUGACACAGAACAUGGCAGGGACUUACUCCUGUCAUUACUGGAAGCGGCACCUCUGGUCAGGACGCACGGAGUCCCUGGAGCUGGUGGUGACAGGCCUCUUCAAGGACAAACCCUCCCUGACUGCCGCACCAGGCCCCCAGGUGGCCUCAGGAGGAAACGUGACUCUCCUGUGUCGUUCUCUGCACCCCUACGACACCUACAUCCUGUGCAGGGGCGGAGCUUCCUCCCCCCAGGGCUGUUCACGCCAGGACCACAGCUCAUUCCUCAUCUCCCCUGUGAGUCCGGACCAGGCGGGGACCUACACGUGCUGUGGCUGUCCUCAUUACAGCCCGCAGCAGUGCUCCGAGCCCAGUGAGCCCCUUGUGCUCUCUGUCACAUGUGAGUGGCUGCCCCGUGUGUUCAGGGCCGUGUCUGGGUGUGUCAGGCGGGCGUCUCGGGCGGACUCUGCACGUUGUGACCGCUGCUGCUUCCCCUUGGCCGGUGUGACCGCCAGCGGAGCGGAGCGGAGCGCUGUGGACCUGCUGAGGGGGCGCCAUGCCACAUCCCGUCCCGGAGGCGCCAUGCCCCCUGGGAUGGCUCUGCUGCUCGGACUUGUGUCAGCUCUGGACCGGGGGCUCUGGGCCCACAGCGGCUCACCCUCCCAGCCCGGCAUCUGGGCAGUGCCCGGAGCUGUGAUUCCCCUGGGUAGUUCUGUGAGCAUCUUCUGCAGGGUCCCUCCCGGGGUGACUGCAUUGCGUCUACUUCAGUCAGAACCCAGAGAAACAUGGUAUGAAAGAACCCUUGUGGGAACUCAGGUGGCGCUGGCCUUCUCCCUGCACAAAGUGACACAGAACAUGGCAGGGACUUACUCCUGUCAUUACUGGAAGCGGCACCUCUGGUCAGGACGCACGGAGUCCCUGGAGCUGGUGGUGACAGGCCUCUUCAAGGACAAACCCUCCCUGACUGCCGCACCAGGCCCCCAGGUGGCCUCAGGAGGAAACGUGACUCUCCUGUGUCGUUCUCUGCACCCCUACGACACCUACAUCCUGUGCAGGGGCGGAGCUUCCUCCCCCCAGGGCUGUUCACGCCAGGACCACAGCUCAUUCCUCAUCUCCCCUGUGAGUCCGGACCAGGCGGGGACCUACACGUGCUGUGGCUGUCCUCAUUACAGCCCGCAGCAGUGCUCCGAGCCCAGUGAGCCCCUUGUGCUCUCUGUCACAUGUCCAGCCGGUCCCACUGUGACUGUGAUCGCCGCUGCCGCCGCCGCCUUCCUUCUCCUUGUCCUGCUCCUGCUCCUCCUCCUCUGCCUCUGCCGGCGUCAGGCCAAACGCAGGGCUGCUCAGGGCAGGACGAGGAGCCAAAGGAGCUCCAGCCCAAGUGUGCAGAUCCAGGGAGUGAAUAACGACGGUGACUUGGAGCCUGAGGGGGAUGGACAGAGGGACGCACAGGUGAGCAGCGCCUUCCAGCCGCUUCCCCGCCAGCCCCACCAGGCUCUGGCCCACGCUCUGUCUCUGUCUGGCAGGUCCCCGAGGCGGAGGAGGACCCCGGGGCGGUGACCUACGCCCAGCUGUGGCCUCAGGGGCUCAGGGAGAGCGCAGGCCUGUUCCGCUCCCCGGAGCCCGGGGA